GGACUUGGAGCUCACACUUUAAAAAAGAAGAUCAUUCUAACUGCCCCUCAUGACUACUGAAGAGGCUAUGCCUGAAAAAGCAAAAUGUCCUACAUUAGAGAUCACCAAGCAAGACUUUUUUCAAGAAGCAAAAACUCUCAUUGCCCAACAUUAUGAGAAAAUAAAUGAGAAUAAAGUUCAAGGUACUUCUAUAAAUGUUUUUAGAAAGAAACACCAAAAACCGAAAUCUGGCAAAUACAUACCUUUGGAGAUUGACAAAAAGGUAACACGUGAUGUGGUGCAGGAACAUCGGGCAGCACUCAGAAGGAUUUGCUUUCCCAAGGAGCUUUCCAAAACCGAGCAUCUUCAGGAACCCCCACAACGAAUCUCCUUCAAGGAACCACACAUUUUUAGUAGAAGAGAAAGAUGCAGGCCCAUAGAUCUAAUUACAAAAGGACAAGUUAAAUUGGAUAAAAUCAUGACUAUUAUUGAACCAGUGAGUAAAAAAAUGGAGACAGCAAAGCAACAGCACUUUGAGGAGUCCAGAAACAGAAUGUUGGAAUUACUCUAUCCCUUUCCUGUCCAUCUUUACUUACAACCUGGGACCUCUACCUUGGAACUUCUGAAAGAACCUGACAAAGCAUUCUAUGACUGGAGAGGAUUUGUGCCGACAAGAUCUUUCCGUUUGGCUUGUGACUCCGGUCGAGUUAGUUUCUCUCAAUCAUCAUCAAUAUUUCGGGAUUAUUAUUCUAAAACCUUUAAAACCCUUAUUAAAAAGGAGCGACAACCUAUCAAGCCAGAACCAAAAUCACAACCCAGGAUAAAAGGUACUCCAAAUAAAACUGAUAAACUUGACAGUAAAGUUAAAAGAAUUGGACCACACAUAGAAAUCUUCCAAGUGUUCCGAGAAAGAAAAAAAUUCAUGAUUACCCCAAAAUUGAUUAGAAUGGUCACCAUCAUGCAGGCACAUGUCAGGGGAUGGCUUGAACGGAAAAGAUUGCAAAGAGUAAUGACCAAGGCUUUGGAUCAUGGACCGGAUAUGAAAGCAGUUAUUAACAUGUAUGGCAGACUAAUCCACCGUGUUAGAUAUCGACGUGGUCUUUGGAGGACAAGACAAAUUCUCAACUUAGCAGAGCUAGAGGAGUGGAUGGACCGAAAAAAAUUCUAUGAAAUAAUGUUUGCUAAGAGGGAAGAUUGGCCAAAAAUUGAAAGAAGUGAGCUCCCCAAUUUCUUCAGUGACUGUGGUCAUUUCCCAACUCAGAAACAAGUUGAUGAUACUUGGGACCUGGUCCAUCAAGAUGGCAAAGAAAAAUAUUCUGAACUAAUCAAAAAGUCCAAAGCAAUUGAAAUGUUAUUUACACUCUAUCCUCCUGAAGGUGCACAUGUGCCUGACAGUACACUACUCAAGUCGACUUGGUUGAGACCCAUAGUAAAUGGGGAAGAAGGUUAUAGAUAUAUAGGUAUACGGCCUGAGAGUCUCUCUGGAACCCAGGGACCUUGUGUCUGCAAUUUUUAGCAUUUGCCACCAGAUGGCACAGUGUAGCAAGUAAACACCAACUGACUGCUCCUCAGGUAGGGAAAUCUGUGCUCCUUCAGCACAGGGAAAAAUGAUUUAUGGAGACAUGCUCAUGAUGGUUAUUUUCAUGCUGUGCACACUAUUUUUAAAAAGCAAUAAAAGUAGAAUUGUAUUG